GCCAUGAUGGGAUUUUCCACUCACGGGAUAGUAAACAUCACACCUGAGAUAUUUUACAAUGUCACAGCAUCAACAAAAAAUGGAUAGGAAGAGUAAAAUCCCCAGAUUUCAAGGUUUAGGGAGGCAAAGAACUAUGUGUGACAUCAAAAGCAAUACAAAGCAUCUUAAAGGACAUAACCACUCAGAUUUGCAACAAGAUGUCCCCUUUGAAGCUGAUGAGCAAGCAUUGCAUAGUAUACUGAACAAUGAAGGAAUUGUAUAUAGUCAAAUUGCACAGCCAAUCACUCAUGUGAAGUCUGGCAGUGGUAUAUCUGUGACCACACCAUUUCAAGUUGGUCGAAUGACUUUGGUCACCACACCAAUUCAAGCUAGCAGAAUGUCUAUGUGGGAAUCACAUAAUGAUUUCAAAAGAAAAUUGCAGCUUCACAAAGAAAAGAUGCAGCAGUUAGGUGUAGAGCCUACAUUCAAGUCAGAUCCUACAUCUCUUAAAUGUAUUCUUAAUGGGCAAGGUAUAACCAGUACACCAGGUAACUGUAAUCGCACAUCAUUAUUUUAUAAGGAACAACCAAAGUCACUGAUGGAAUCUUUUUUGGAGCACCAACGGAACAUACAAACUUUUAAAGAGAAAAUUCUCAAUGCCCCAACUACACCGCACGAUGAAAGACAACGUUGUUUAACAGAUGUCAAGAGAAGAAAUAAUGCUGUCCAUGAUGUAUUUCCUAUCAUUUCAUCAAAGAAAUGUUCCAGAAAUCUUUUAAAAGAGAACUUGCCUCAGCCACAGAGAUGUACAGACAAUGUCCCUCUACCCUUUUCUAGUACAAAACCAGACACUCUUCAGAAUCAAAUAUUUACCCCCAAACAGUCACACAAAUGUCCAGACACCGUUCCUGUUUAUUACACUCAGUCUGCAAGCACAGACACUUUUCAGCCUCAGAUAUUUACUCCCAAACAAAAGGAACUUGCAUGCACACCAAACCAGAGACUUGCAUCAAGUGUGUUCCUGUCUGGCGCCAAGAGGAUAGCCUUGCCCCGUGAGAAUACCCUCCCAGUGACCCCUCUCAGGACCCCCUGCCGUGUUCCAGCAACUACACCUGGCCUCUCAUCUUGUCUCAAACAAAAGGGCAAGACUGAAGUGUUGAUAACGUCAAAUGCUGCAUUUUCUUCAAAGAAAAUACGAUGGGCAGACAGCCCAAAUGGAUGAUCAGACCUACAGCAACUAUAAAUAUUUAGAUUUCAUGUUCAUUCUUUAUGGAUUUUAUUUUUAUGUCAUUACUAAAAGAAAUUAUACAGCAAUUCUUAAUAAAAUAUGCUAUGUUUAAACAGUAAUGUUUAUUUAUCCACAUUCUUUUGUAGAAGUCAUAGUUGAAUCGUUUCAUUGAUACAAUUUUACUAUGCACUUCUCACCAGUAUGAUGAAAAUAAUAGCACUAAUGGUUUACUUUUAAAUUAAUUUAUUUACCUAGACAGUUGACAAUGUCAAUAUUGCCCUGCUUCUCUUCAGACUUUAAAUUUGUUCAACCUGAUUAAUAAGAACUUUCAGUGCUGUAAUUUUUUUAUUUAGACAUGUACUUUAGAAUUUGGUGCAAUAAAGAAAAUUGUGUAGAGUGGUUACCUUAUUUUUUGCUGCUUAUUUAGUAUUGUUAUGCCAUUAAACAUAAUUGUGUGUAUAUAUAUGUAUAUAUAGAUAAACAGUUAAAUCAUGAAAAUAAUGUAUGUGGUGUAAUGGGGAGGAAUGAUGUGAAUUCCCUAGUGUAAUCAUGG